AUGAUGUGUCUUAAGAUCCUGAGAACCAGCCUGGUGAUUCUGGCCGGCUGCGCGUUCAGUACUGCCAGCUCUGAGCCGGGCUGGACACGCAAGAGAGCCCUGGCUCAGAGGGGACACCUGAACCAGGUGCUGUCGGAAGGAGAACGCUGUUGGCUGGGGGCCAAGCUGCGAAGACCCAGAACUGCUCCCCAGCAUCACCUCUUUGGGGUCUACCCCAGCUGGCCUGGGGACCACCUGAGGCCCUACCCUGUGGGGGGUCAGGGAACCCGCCAUGCAGGACACAGUAAGCCAGAUGCCCCGAGGGGUCUGGCCACAAGCCUGGAUGGAAGUGUGGGGCUGAGGGGUGAAGCUGAGCAGCCGGCCACCCCAUGGGUCUGGCAUGGUCCUACUGGGUGGUCGGAGCUGCGGGGAGACCGGGACACUUAUCUCGGCGAUGGAGGAUCCAAGGCCAUUCCAGGUGAGGCUGAGACUCAGGAGCACUCAGCCACGGCUGCCACCGUUACCACCACCUUCGUGGGCCCAAAGGAACCCCAGCCAGACAGCCGAAGGAAGGGCCGGGUCAAGACCAGGCAUCGUCGCCAGGUGGUGAAGGGGCAGGCGGGGGGCGUGCGGGGAGACCCGGGUGUCUCUCCCCGGCAUUUCCAACCUUGGCCUAAGCACCCCCUUGUGCACGGGGUCAGGACCAGUCUGACCCAGGACAGCAUCCAGAAGGGUGGAGGGGACCCCCACUGGGAAGCAGAGACCCUUAACCCCCACGGAGGACUGCCUGUCUUAUACUUCUCGGGGAGGCGGGGGCGGCUGCUGCUGCGACCAGAAGUGCUGGCUGAGAUUCCCCGGGAGGCGUUCACAGUGGAAGCCUGGGUGAAACCAGAGGGAGGACAGAACAAUCCAGCCAUCAUUGCAGGUGUGUUUGAUAACUGCUCCCACACUGUCAGUGACAAGGGCUGGGCCCUAGGGAUCCGUUCAGGGAAGGACAUGGGAAGGCGAGACGCUCGUUUCUUCUUCUCCCUUCGCACCGACCAUGUGAAGAAAGCCACCAUUGUGACUGGCCACAGUCGCUACCAACCAGGCACAUGGACACACGUGGCAGCCACUUAUGAUGGACAGCGUAUGGCCCUGUAUGUGGAUGGCACUCGGGUGGCUAGUAGUCCAGAGCAGUCUGGUCCCCUGAACAGUCCCUUCAUGGCGUCUUGUCGUUCUUUGCUUCUGGGGGGGGAUAGCUCUGAGCAUGGCCACUAUUUUCGUGGACACCUGGGUACACUGGUCUUCUGGUCGACUGCCCUCCCACAAAGCCACCUCCAACACAGUCCUCAGCAUCCAACGGGAGUGGAGGAACUGACCACCCUGAUCCUGACUGCCAGUUUUGAGCCCUUGGAAGAACAAUGGGCCCCUUUUAGGGAUGGGGAGUACCCACAGCGUGAGGUUCUGCAGGGCUUUGAGCCUCAGCCUGAGAUUCUGUCACCUUUGCAGCCCCCGCUCUGUGGGCGGACGGUUUGUGACAAUGUGGAGUUAAUCUCCCACUACAACGGGCACCAGCCCCUCCAGGGAGAGAAGGCAAUCCGCUACCAGGUGGUGAACAUCUGUGAUGAUGAGGGCCUGAACCCCAUCGUGAGCGAGGAGCAGAUCCGCCGGCAGCACAAGGCACUGAGUGACGCCUUCAGCCGCUACAACAUUACUUGGCAGCUGAGUGUCCACCAGGUCCACAACUCCACCCUGCGCCACCGGGUUGUGCUCGUGAACUGUGAGCCCAGCAAAAUCGGCAAUGACCACUGUGACCCUGAGUGUGAGCACCCGCUCACGGGCUACGACGGGGGCGACUGCCGCCUGCACGGCCGGUGCUACUCCUGGAACCGCAGGGAUGGGCUCUGCCACGUGGAGUGCAACAACAUGCUGAACGACUUUGAUGACGGGGACUGCUGCGACCCCGAGGUGGCUGAUGUGCACAAGACCUGCUUCGACCCCGACUCACCCAGGAGGGCAUAUAUGAGUGUGAAGGAGCUGAAGGAGGCACUGCAGCUCAACAGUACUCACUUCCUCAAUGUCUACUUUGCUAGCUCAGUGCGGGAAGACCUUGCCGGUGCUGCCACGUGGCCUUGGGACAAGGAAGCCAUCAGUCACCUGGGUGGCGUUGUCCUCAACCCAGCCUAUUAUGGCAUGCCUGGCCAUACCAACAUUAUGAUCCAUGAAGUGGGGCAUGUUCUGGGACUCUACCAUGUCUUCAAAGGGGUCAGUGAGAGGGAAUCCUGUGAUGACCCCUGUAGGGAGACAGUGCCAUCCAUGGAUACAGGAGACCUCUGUGCCGACACUGCCCCUACUCCCAAGAGUAAGCUGUGCCAGGACCCAGAGCCCGUCAAUGACACCUGUGGCUUCACCCACUUCCCUGGGGCUCCAUUCAGCAACUACAUGAGCUAUACAGAUGACGACUGCACCGACAGCUUCACCCCGAACCAGGUGGCCCGGAUGCACUGCUAUUUGGAUCUUGUGUAUCAGCAGUGGAGUCAAAGUCGGAAGCCCACCCCCAUUCCCAUCCCACCCAUGGUCAUCGGGCAGACCCACACCUCCCUCACCAUCCACUGGCUUCCUCCAAUCAGUGGGGUUGUGUAUGACAGGGUCCCAGGCAGUGUGUGUGGUGCCUGCACUGAAGAUGGGACGUUCCAUCAGUACGUGCACACAGCUUCUUCCCGGCGUGUGUGUGACUCCUCAGGGUACUGGACUCCAGAGGAGGCUGUGGGGCCUCCAGACGUGGACCAGCCCUGUGAGCCGAGCUUGCAGGCCUGGAGUCCUGAGCUCCAUCUGUACCAUAUGAACAUGACGGUCCCCUGCCCUGCGGAAGGCUGUAGCCUGGAGCUGCUCUUCCAGCAUCCGGUCCAAGCUGAUACCCUUACCCUUUGGGUCACCUACCUCUCCAUGGACUCCUCGCAGGCACUCUUUGAUACAGAGAUCUUGCUGGAACACCAGGAUUCUGUGCAUCUGGGCCCCUUAGACACUUUCUGUGACACCCCACUCACCAUCAAACUGCAUGUUGAUGGGAAGGUCUCGGGGUUGAAAGUCUACACCUUUGAUGAGCGGAUGGAAAUCGAUGCAGCUCUGCUGACUUCCCAGCCCCACAGUCCUUUGUGCUCUGGCUGCAAGCCUGUGAAGUACCAGGUUCUCCGUGAGCCCCCAUUUGCCAGUGGCUUGCCCAUGGUGGUGACAGAUCCUCACAGGAAGUUCACAGAUGUGGAGGUCACACCAGGGCAGAAGUAUCAAUACCAAGUUCAAGCUGAAGCUGGGACAGAACUGGGAGAAGCUUCGCCUUUGCUGAGCCAUAUCCAUGGAGCGCCUUACUGCGGAGAUGGGAAGGUGGCGGGGAGCCUGGGAGAAGAGUGUGAUGAUGGGGACCUUCUGAGCGGAGACGGCUGCUCAAGGACCUGCCAGCUGGAGGAAGGCUUCCACUGUGCAGGGGAGCCAAGCCUAUGUUACAUAUAUGAGGGAGAUGGGAUAUGUGAACCUUUUGAGAAGGAAACCAGCAUCAUAGACUGUGGCCUCCAUACUCCCAAAGGAUACCUGGAUCAGUGGGCCACCCAAGCUUACUCCUCUCACGAAGAUAAGAAGUGUCCUGCUUCCUUGGUAACUGGAGAACCUCAUUCCAUGAUGUGCACAUCCUAUCAUCCAGAGUCACCAGAGCACCCUCCCCUUACUGGCUGGUUUCCCUGUGUCACCAAUGGAAAUAGACCUCAGAAUAAAAGAAGUGAGCAGACAGAAGGUAGCCUGGAGAAAGAGGAUGAGGUUUGGCUCAAAGUGUGUUUCAGUAGACCAGGAAUGGCCUCGGCAAUUUUCAUCUUCUUGGCGUCUGAUGGCCCAGUACUCAGAGAACAUCAGCGGCCCACAGUGACUGUUCACCUGACUGAUGUCAGUGGGAACAACCACUCUCUUGGGACCCAUGAGCUGUCGUGCCAGCAAAACCCACUGGUUAUCAAUGUGACCCAUCACCUGAAUGUCCUUUCCCACCAGACCACCUCAGUGCUGCUGAAUUUCUCAUCCCCAUUGGUGGGCAUCUCGGCGGUGGCUCUAAGGACAUCCUCCCACAUAAGUCCUCCAAAUAUCGAUACAUGCAGCCCAGAGCAUGAGGGACAAAAUCAUCAGGGACAGAGCUGUGUCCAUCGGCCCUGUGGGGAGCAGGGCAGCUGUGCGCCAUUGCUGCUUGAUCACACGGAGAUGGUGAACUGUACCUCUGGUGGCCCAGGUCACAUGAAGUGUGCGAUUACCUGUCAAAGGGGGUUUGCCUUUCAGGGCAGCAGUGGGAAAUACCUCAGGCCGGUGCAGAAGGAAAUUCUGCUCACAUGUUCCUCUGGGCACUGGGACCGGACUGUGAGCUGCAUGCCCCUUGAUUGUGGUGUUCCCGACGCAUCUUUGGUGAACUACGCAACCUUCUCCUGCUCAGAGGGAACAGACUUUCUGAAACGCUGUUCAAUCUCCUGUGUCCCACCGGCCAAGCUUCAAGGACUGAACCCGUGGCUGACCUGUCUUGAAGAUGGGCUCUGGUCCCUCCCCGAAGCCUACUGCAAGUUGGAGUGUGACGCUCCUCCCAUUAUCCCAAAUGCCAGUGUGCUCCUGCCCCCCUGCCCCCAGCGCAGCCAUGACGUGGGCUCCGUGUGUAGAUACCGAUGCAAGCCGGGCUACUACGCCGUGCCGAGUGCGGACAGCAAAGUCAGGAGCAAUUUCCUGAAGAUACAGUGCCUGGAAGGUGGAAUCUGGGAGCAAGGCAGCUGUGUCCCAGUGGUGUGUGAGCCCCCUUCUCCUGUCUUUGAAGGCAUGUAUGAAUGUACCAAUGGCUUUGAGCUCAACAGCCAGUGCAUGCUCAACUGUAACCAAGAAAGUGGAAGGCGUCCCAUCCUCUGCACUAAGGAGGGACUAUGGACUGAGGAGUUCAAGUUGUGUGAGAACCUGCAAGGGGAAUGCCCACCACCCCCCUCGGAGCUGAAUUUUGUGGAGUACAAGUGUGAACAGGGAUACGGAAUUGGUGCAGUGUGUUCCCCGACGUGCGUAAUUCCCCCUAGUGAUCCUGUAAUUCUGCCUGAGAACAUCACUGCUGACACUCUGGAGCACUGGAUGGAACCUGUCAAAGUCCAGAGCAUCGUGUGCACUGGGCGGCGUCAAUGGCACCCAGACCCUGUCCUGGUCCACUGCAUUCAGUCAUGUGAGCCUUUCCAAGCAGAUGGAUGGUGUGAUACCAUCAACAACCGGGCCUACUGCCACUAUGAUGGGGGAGACUGCUGCUCUUCCACGCUCUCCUCCAAGAAGGUCAUUCCAUUUGCUGCUGACUGUGACCUGGAUGAAUGCACCUGCCGAGACCCCAAGGCUGAAGAAAAUCAGUAACUGUGGGAUCGAGCCCCUCCUUCCACUGCCCUGGAGGCAGAAAGAAAGAGAGGCCUCUGUAAGAGAAAACAAAAGGUGAACAAAGAAGAAAGGGUAUGAACUGAAGGAUGGAGGAAGAGCUUGAGGUUCUUAUAGACAUGCAAGGGAACGUUUAUAGGUGCCAACUGUUCCACCAAGUACCCCAAGUAGGGAAGAGUCACAGGCAAAAAGUUUCUUCAAAGAGGCAGUUGAUUAAAAGUGGAAGGAGAGAUAUGAUAGCUAUACAAGGACCCUCCUCCCCCACUUAUAUUCUAUUCACCCCCAUCCUCAACUCUUGUCCUAUUCCCCACUCUGCACCCUGCCAACUAUUCAGCCCCACCCAACUUGUAAACCAAUACCAAAAUACUAGAAGAGAAGUCACCAGGGAUGCUCUGUUAACACCCGUUUUGAAUGGAUUGCCAUCUUUCGGGGCUCAUCUACUCUAAACUGGCUCCCUUUCUUUUGUGUAGUCUCCUUUAGUCAUAAUGAGGUUAGUUAUUAAUUCCUUAUAAGUAUUUAAACAUAAUUAUAUAAAUAUAUUAUAUAUAUUAUAUUUUUUGCUGUCUACUAAGCUAAAAAUUAUACAUUGUUCCACACAUGCUGCUGUGAAGUUCACAUCCCAAAUGAAUCCUGAGGGUUUGAGUACAGCAAGACAAGUCAUUCUGCCAUUUUUCUAUUGAUGGGGGUUGGCAGGUGGAAAAGGAAGUGGCGAUGGAGAAAGAGA